AUGCGCAUCUUCGCUCUCCUUCCCGUCCUCUUCGGCCUUCCAGCCUUUGCGGACCUUGUCGAAACCAAGUUCCCGACAUUGCUCCUGCCCAUGAAAAGCUCUCAGCCGGACACCGCUUUCUAUACCCAGGAUGACGCGACCGUCAGCCGCAAUAACAAGACAGACACCGAACAAUGGACAGCAAUCAACUUCGACGUCCCCCAAAUUGACAACGUCAAGAUCUGCCGCCUGCGCUUCCUCAUCAAUGUCGACCCCUUCAAAAACGCUCCACUUACCCUCAAGGGCGAAGCUCCUAUGGCUAUCAGCAUCUCUCGCAUCGAAGCCAAGCUCGUCAACGGCCGCAGUACCUGGAACAACAAGCCCGCCAUCACCGAACACUACGAUGCCUACACUCUGACGGCGAACGGCGCAUCCGAGGUAGUCAGCAAAUGGUUUGAGUGUCCCAUGAAGAAGGCCGCGCAAUUCGUCAUUCAUCCGGCUAGCAAGAGAGACUUGGAGCUCUACUGGUUUGAGCUGAACUACGGUGCCAACGAUGGAGGUCCACACGGAGUUGUGCUGGAGAUGCACGAUUAG